UUAAGAAGAAGGAGAGGGGAAGCAUAGAGAUCUGUAGCGACGCUUCGUAAGCACUCAUUUGGUUUUCAGUCACGUAUUUGUGAUUCAACAGUCUGUUUUAUGAGUCGUUUUUACGCUUAUAUAUUUAUACAACAUUUAUAAUUUGUACAUCUUGAUCGUAUGCUCGAUAGUAGAUCAAAGAAAGCAAUGAAAAGAACAGGAAUAUUGAAAUACAAAAAAAAAGUAGUAGCAAUGAUUUUAGUAAAGUAGAUCACGGUGUGAAGCUAUCCUGUUAAAAAGCGUCGAGCCAAUUACCCGAGAAUCAGGUUCAAUUAAAAGGCGAGCGACAAUCGUCACGAUGACUGCUGCAUACACGAACAAUUCUACCAGCCAGGAACAAAACGUAGAGACAGCCGGUAUAAUUAAUAAAACAUUGAACGGCAAGAAAGAGCAAGUGACGCCUGAGGAAAACAUUGAAAUUACUUCAGCAGAAAUGAUAAAGGUUGCAACAGGUGGCCAGGAUCAACAAGAAAUCCCUGUUAAUCAGGAAAGAUCUUCGCUUUGCGUAGAAGAAUUAAACGAACAGAAAGAUGAAGACAACGGGGAAUAUAAGAAAUCUAUUGAAAAUCGCGAAUAUCUCGACGAUACCGACGCAAACGAAGAUGUGAUUUCUAAUACGAAUGAAAUGAAAGAUGAAGUGUCGAAGGAUUGUGAGCCAAGUGCUUCGAAAUCGCUCUCUAAUUUGAAAGUCGAGGCUUUUCUCAUCGAGUGUGACUCUCAAGACGCGAUGUCGAGAACACGUGGAAACGAUUUCUACACGAAGGAUAGUUUCAAAUUACAAGAACUGCAGACCUCUGUGGAGAAUAUUAUUACAGAGACAAGCGAUAUUUCGAAUAAUCCUGAAAGUUGUAACGGAUCGUUCGAGGAUAUUGAUAUUUUUAACGAUCCUGAGGAAACAUACGAUCCGGAAAGUGAACUGAAUUUUCACGAAGCCGUACGUGCAGGGAACGCCAAGUGCAUCGCGGCGCUUCUUGCAAGUGACUCGGUACAAAACCUGGACGAACCGGAUUGGAAUGUUUCAGGUGAUCCACCUUUGCUAGUGGCUGCUACAAAUCAUUGUUUGCCCGUUCUUAGUUUACUACUUGCGAACGGAUGUGAUCCAGCUGUGCGUUCCCCUCGAGGUGAAACAGCGCUUCAUCGAGUGAUCUUAAAUGGAGGACCAGGAAACGUAUUACAAUUCGUGGGAGAACUUCUGAAACAUGGUUGUCCGUCAGGCGUUAAAGAAGCUGGAGGUGGCCUGACUGCGUUGCACGUAUUAACUAGACAAUUAGCUCAUGCUCAAGGAUCGAAGAGUUUACAUCAUAACUUCGAAGCAGCUCUGAAGACCCUUGAUUUAUUAGCACGCGCUGGCCCGGUAAACGCGAAGGAUCACCAAGGCCGUAGCGCCCUCCAUAUAUUAGCUUCCUCCACUAUCUUCGACAACAACCACAGAACAGAAAUUGAAGCGUUAAUUGAAACAUUGUUGGCUGCUGGCGCCGAUCCCUCAUUGAAGAACGACCGUGGAGAAACUCCUUUACACGAGUGCCUUGAGUGCGGUGCUUUAAACAUCGCGUUUUUACUUAUAUCGCAUACACCGGCCGGUAUAAUGUCACGUUAUGGUGAAACUCCGUUGCACAUUGCCUCUAGAAAAAAUUAUGUCGACAUGGUUGCGAAAUUGUUGGAACACGGAGAGGAUCCUAGUGUACAAGAUGCCGGUGGUAAUACACCGUUGCAUCUAGCUUCUGCGAGAGGUUUUCAUCAAACUGUUUCUCUGUUAGUUACGUCGCCACUUGCACAACUAGAGAAACUCAAUACCGAAGGGUUGACUGCCCUUCAAGUAGCCGCUGAAAGUGGUUUCGUUAAUGCAGUAAGAUUGUUGUUAAAAGCGGGCGCUGAUCCGAGCCAAACGGUUCAUUAUUCCACGACGAUUCUUCAUCGUCAUCCUGAUAUCUCGAUUUUAAUAGAUCAUGAAAUGAGUAGACGUCGUCAACUCGCAGCUUGAUUUCAUAACAAAUCCAAUCAAAUAUUCUACUGAAUUGAAUUUUGUUUUUUAACAGGAUUUGGGACUUAGUUAAAUUGAUCACAAAGUCGAUUAUUCUAAUAAUCAUAUUAUUAAUAUUCACUGUGUUAUAUAAAACAGACAUUGAUAAAUUUUCAAUCAUUGUUGAUAUUGACCUUUCUAUGGUGCUUACUUUUAUAGCAGUGAAUAGAAUAUCUACUUUAAAUUUGUUAUUAUUUCACACAAUUAGAUAUAUCUUAUCAAUAAUUUAAAUAGUACUACAAUAGAAAAAUGUGUAGCCUGUCUUUAAUAAGUUUCGUUAAUCUUUUUAUAGGACACAAAAUUCAUUAACUAUAUUUUUACAUAGGAAUUUGAUAAAAAAUAUUAAAAUUAGAUAAUCAUUUUGAAGUAUUCUAAAAAAAGUACAAUUUGUGUUUAUAUAUAUAAACUUAUCAUAAAUCAUUGUAAUUCAUAUGUAUAUAUACUUUCUUGUUAUCGAAUUAUAAGUAAUAGUAUUUUUUUAUUGCUCAAUACUGUGUCUAGUAUUCAAAUAUUUCAAACUAGAACAGGAAUAAUUAAAAUUAGAUUAAUGCCAUGAUCUUUGGCUGUGGAUGAAAGUGCCUUUUAAAGACUGUGUGAUAUCGAAAUAUACGAUUAAAAUAAAAAUGAUUAUUAUCAACUCAAA